AUGUUAUUUUGGAGGCUUUCUGUGAUGCUUCAUCCUGCAGGAUUUUACAUUGUUGGCUUAAGUUCACUGCCUUACAAUAAUAUCUAUGUCAUGUUCCUCACUGUGCUUUAUGUGAUCACAGUCAUAUGCAAUGUCUUUCUGAUCACCAUCAUUUUCUAUGACCACCGACUGCAUGUCCCAAAGUUCAUAGCUGUUGGUAAUCUGGCUUUAGUUGAUAUUAUUCUCAGCACUUCUCUUGUGCCUGGCAUGAUAAAGACUUACCUUGUUCUAGACAAUUUUGUGCCAUUCAAACUGUGCCUUGUGCAAAUGUUCACUUACUAUACUUUUGUAUCCCUCGAGUCAUUUUCCAUAUGCGUUCUCUCUUAUGACAGAUUCAUUGCGAUCUGCUUGCCUUUAAGACAGGAGUCUAUAAACACAAACACCAGAAUGGCUUGCAUAGUUGGUGCACUUUGGUUAUUUUGUAUUGUUGUAAUAAUCUAUGCUAUUGAAUCCAUCCCAACCCUCUCAUUUUGUGGCUCUCUUAAGAUCUUUCAAAGCUAUUUUUGCGAUUAUGCUCCUAUUUUAGUACUUGCUUGUAAUGAUAUAACACAUCAGUGGAAUAUUGGCACUACUUUAACUAUACUCUUCAUUGUUGUACCUUUGUCUUUUAUCUUCUUGACCUAUAUGGGUAUAUUGCUCGCUGUAUUCAGAAUGAAGAAUAAUCAGAGCCGUUAUAAGGCGCUGGCCACAUGCACCGAACACCUCAUGUUAGUGGCCAUAUUCUACAUUCCAAUUUUUAUUAUCUUCAAUCUUUCAUUUUUUGGAAUUUAUUGGAACCCCGAUGUAGGUCUGGUGUGCUUGUCUUUUUCGUCCCUCAUUACACCCUGCGUGAAUCCCAUUAUUUACUCAUUGAAAACUAAACAGAUUCGAAACAGGAUUUAUUCCUUGUUAACCCACAGACUGUCUGUUCAUCCUCUUAAAAAUGCACAUUAA